AAAAUUAACAAUACUUGUUAUUAAAAUUCAAGGUAAUUAAGUCAAUUAAAAUUAUCAUAAUAUAAAUUUCUUAGUUUUUAUCUAUAAGAAAGAUGUUAACCAACUAUUUUAUCUCAUUUAAACGUAUUAAACAUAUGAGUACUUGUAUAAAGUGUUAGUUUUUCAUUUGUAUUUGAUUAUUACAUAUCAAGUUGUUUGAAAUUCAAUUUUUAAUUACUCUAUAUGUUUCAAAUGGAGUCUCCUGUCAAAAGUUUUCAAGUUGUCUCAUUAAAUGAAUUAAGCACUGAAGAUCAACUCCUUGUAUCUAAAAGUGUUUCAGCCAGGGAAAAAGCGUAUAUUCCUUAUAGCAACUUUAAAGUAGGGGCUGCUCUGAAAUGUGAUGAUGGUACUGUAAUUACUGGUUGUAAUGUAGAAAAUGCAUCUUAUGGUUUGUCUAUAUGUGCAGAACGCACAGCUAUAGUGAAAGCUGUGAGUGAUGGAAAACAAUCUUUUGUAAAAAUUGCUGUAUCUGCUAAUAAUAAUAACGAAUUUGUGGCUCCUUGUGGAGCCUGUAGACAAUUUUUAAGUGAAUUUACAAAACUUAACCAUGAUAUUAUUAUUUUAUUAUACCAGACAGCUGGUUCUAAAGUAUUAGUGACCAGUGUAAAAGAAUUACUUCCAUUAAAAUUUGAGUUUAAAUGAAUUAUGAUAAAAAUAGCAUUAUAAAAAUGUUAAAUGAAUAUUAUUGUUAACAGUUUUAUCUAGAUAUACAAAUUUUUUUGUAUAUGAUAACAAAAUAAUUAAUUUUCAUGAUAAUACACUUAAUGCAUAUUUAUUUGUAUUUAAAUUUACCUGAAAAUUUGGAAGUUUAAAUAAUAUAUUAUUUAAUUUCCUUAUCUAAAGAGUUUAACACACAAUUUAUUAAAAAGAUAUAUUGUUAUAAAAAUGUAAAAUUAAAUCAAAUAUAUUUUUAACAAUUAUUUUAAGUUAAUUAUGAAAUACUAUUUUGUGAAACUAAAUAUCAAAGACUAGAUAAUUAAAAUAAUAAUAUGACAUUUUAUUUUAUUUAUUCAUUUUAAUUGAUCUAUAUCUUUGACAGCACUUGUUAACUUAUCAAAAAUAGUAGUUUAAAAGAAUUUAAUUAAAUUUUAUGUUAAUUAUAAUAUUUUAUAUUUUUUAAAAUUAUACAAGGAUAUUCUUUAAUUAUGCUUAAUGAAAUAUAUUAGAUACAUUCUUA